AUGUAUUCUCGCGACGCCCGCCCCGACUCUUUUGCCCAAGAACAACGCGGUCAAUAUCCCCCUCAGUUUUGGUCUGCCAGGACACCAUCACAACAGUCGUCCACCCCAAACACUCUCCGUCCUCACCACGCUACCAGGCAACACUAUGCGAAUGAUCUAGAGGACCCCCAGCAAACCAUCUCCCCGCCGCCUGACUUCGUCCCCCGUGCACCCUCACCACCUUCACAGCAGCAACAACAACAACAACAACAACAACAACAACAAGCGAAGCCCUACUACCCCAACCAGAGCUUCCCUGCCCCAGUCGUCGUCGGUAACAUGUUCGACGCCGAGGACCCUUACGUCUCACCGCCUGCCGUCCGCUUCAACGAAGCCCAGCUCGCCGUGGACGAGAUCACGAACCGCGUCCGCAGCAAGGGCUUCCGCGAUGAACUCACUAUCGCCGCCAACGGCUCCGUCACUCCCGGCGUCGACGACACCCCCUACCUGCGUUAUGCUCUGGAGGCCCUGACUCGGGAGCAUGGCCACAACUUCUCUCCUCCCUCCAGCGUGCCUUCUCCCGCUGCCGGAAACGACGGCUACCACCGCGUCGCCGGCCACCUCCCGGACGACCUCGCGAGCCAGCGCAUCAGCGGCGACCCCGAAAGCGGCUUCACGCCUGUCGUCCCCGUUCCAAGCCACGCCCGGGACUCGCUCCACCGUCAGUCCCGGCCCCAGUCCCACGCCGCCGACCGUCCUUCCGUGUCCCUCGGCACCCGCAUCUUCUCCAUGUCACCCCCCCAGUCCGCCAACCCCCACCACCACCAGGAACAGGGCCCCGCCACCGGCGAGUCCUCGCCUAAGUGGCUGCCCAUCAGCGAGAAGGAGACCGUGUUCCCGGGUAUGAACAAGCUCGACACCAUCGACGAGGACCGCACAAUGUUCCCCCGCCUUACCUACCUGCCCGCCAUCCUCAGACUACCCUCCAUGGCCGCCCUCGUCGUCAUGUGCGUCGCCAUGGCUGCUUGCCUCGUCGUCGCCGCCGUCUACUCGCCUAUCCAGCCCGGUCUGCUGACUUACGGCGAGACCAUCUACAGCGCCAAGUACUUCUUGUUCCGCCUCCUGCCGCAGAUCGUCGCCGCCCUCAUCUUCGUCUACACGCAGUGCGUCGCCGCCACCACGCUGCGCAUCCUGCCUUUCGCAGCGCUGUCCGAAGACGAGCCCCUGCGGAGGCGAAACGCCCUCUUCCAGAACAUGUACCCCACGACCUUCCUCCUCCCCCACCUCGCCGGGCCCGUCCACGUCAAGAUGGCCUUGGCGAUCCUGUGGCUGGGCGCCUUCGCCAUCCCCCUCGCGAGCGCAUCCUUCACCGUCAUCCUCAACGAGGAGGUCUGGUACUGGUCCGCCGUCCCGGGUGUCGUCUGGACGCUGGUCGCCCUGUAUAUCCUCGUCAUCGGCGCCGUCGUCCUGUUGGCGUUCUUCUGGCGCAACCGCGUGACGGGGCUCGUCUGGGACCCGAGGUCCAUUGCCGACCUGUCCGUCAUGAUUAGCAGGAGCAACACGCGCGAUUCCUACCGCGGGUCGGAGGUGGCUGAGAACCGCAGCGCCCUGCGCAGGAUCCUGCGGAACCGCAUUGUCGAUAGGCUCGGCUACUGGAUGACGGACAACAACAACCAGGAGGCCCCCUGGUACGGCCUAGGCACAGAGCACUCCCAGGGACACACGCCCUCGGACCACUACGACGUCAAGAACGAGUCGGACCGGCUGUCCGUGACCUCGCACCUCAUCGACGAGGGCCGCGACGGCUACAUCCAGACCCUCUAUCUCCCAUGGUGCCUGCGCACCGGCCAGGUCCUUUUCUUCGUUAUCGCUGCCACCGUCCUCUUCGCCGCCCUCUUCGUGGUGUCCUUCCUUAACCGGACCAGCCUUAUCGCCGGCUUCCUGCCGGGCGUCCCUGUGGCCCCCACCAUCGCCGCCUUCUCCGCCGCCAACUUCCUCUACAGCUUCGUCCCGAGCUUCAUCGGCCUGCUCCUCUACCUCGCCUUCCAGUCCAUCGAGCAGCACGUCCGUAUCCUCCAGCCCUGGGCCGACCUCAAUGCCAAGGAUGGUGCCCCGGCCGGCCGCUCCAUCCUCGCCGACUACGCCGCCUGCCUGCCGCUCCAGUCCACUCUUCACGCCAUCCGCAACGGCCACUGGCGCGUCGCCGCCCUCUCGCUUCUCGCCGCCCUCUUCGCCUUCCUCCCCGCUCUCGCCGGCGGCCUCUUCAUGGCCCUCACCACCGCCUCGGUCGUCCGCAUGUACCCCAGCGUCCCUGUUUUUGGCGUCAUCCUGGCCCUCCUCGUCCUCUACCUCGCCGGUCUCGCUUCCCUGCUCGUCGGGCGCAACCAGUACCGCCUCCCGCACGCCGUCACCUGCCCCGCCGAGGUCUUCUCCUUCCUCGCCAACGAGGACAACGCCAUGGACCCGGCGUUCCAGGCCGCGCCUCGUUCUGCCGAGAAGCUGCGCGUCUACCUCGGCGCGGGGCGCAGGUCGACGGAGACGGCAGCGCAGAGCACGUGGAUGUUUGGGUACUGGCCCGGCCGCGACGAGAGGCGGCUCGGCGUCCGGAGGCAGAAACACUUCGCGGAGCGCCUGCCGUUCCACGAGAGGGCGCCGUCGCGCCCUUUUAUGAUUUAA